AUGUCGAAUUCACAACCCCCAGAGGAGCCGUCACCCUCCUCGUCGACCACCGACGAUACACCAAUCAAAGGCAAUGACUUCCUCCCCUCCACCACCUUCCUCAACCGCUUCAAAAACUUCUACCGUAUGGCCACAGGCACCAUGUCCGCGCCCGGCGCUGCCGCCUACUGGGCGGACGCCGACACCCGCUACUCGGCCAGCGACUGCAAACGCUGCGAAAAAUACCGCGACCACCUCCUCGCAUUCUCCCCCAUCGUGCGCUACAUGUCCGACAACAUCCGCAGCCUAGGCGGCGAUCUCAACAAGAGCAAUAUCCGGUGUCGAACCUGCAAGACGGGAAUGCUAGGCGGCUUCGACCACCGCUACGGGAUCAUCCUAUGUGCGAACUUCGUAGACAAGCGGAAUAUGAUGGAGGAUGUCCUAGCGCACGAGAUGGUGCACGCGUAUGAUCACCUGCGGUUCCAGACUAAACUGGACCAUGAGAGCUCAUUAAAGGAGACGGCUUGUUCGGAGAUCCGCGCGAGUAAUCUGAGUGGAGAGUGUAGAUGGGCGAACGAGUUCUUUCGAAAUAAGAUCAUGGCGUUUACGACGCACCAUCAGGAUUGUGUUAAGCGGAGGGCGGUGCAUUCGGUCAAGAUGCGGCCGAAUUGUCCGGAUGAGGCGACGGCGGUGAGGGUGGUGGAUGAGGUUUGGGGGAGCUGUUUUCGGGAUACGAGGCCGUUUGAUGAGAUCUAUCGGUGA